ACAGGUGACAGUUGACAGAUAGAAAAAGAAAGAAGCGUGUGGUGAUAAAUAUUCUGUAAAUAAUUUUGCGGCAUUUAUAUUUAAAAUAAGAAAUUCAUUAUUAAUUAAAGAAGAUAAUUGCCUGAUUAUUAGUAUAAAAUCUUAUUUUAAAGGGAAAAAGCUUCGAGUUUCCUUGGAAAACUGUCAAUCAAAUUUUAGCCAAAGUGGUUCUAGUUUAAAAUAUAAACACAGGGUGACACAAAAAUUUCAUUAUGUUCAAAUUUGAUUUUAAAGUUGAUAACCCGUCGGAAGAGGAGGAAAGUAUUUUUAAAGACGACAAACAGGAUGUUGUCAAAAAACAAACUGACAAGGAAUCUGAUGUGGAGUGUUAUGAAUCCAAGGAAAUAAAACCAUCUUCGAAUAUUUUGGAAAAUUUAGACCUUUACAAAGCUAAUUCAAUGGAAGUUGUCGCCGGAGACGUAACUUUGACUUAUAUUAAAUCUGGUGAUAUUUUGCAAUUUUUCGACAACCAAACAACUAAAGAUAUUACAAAAGCAGAAGAAUGUCAUUCAGAUCUUAUACCUGGAGUAUAUGAAGGUGGAGCUAAAAUCUGGGAGUGUACUGAAGACCUAAUUGCAUAUCUCUCAGAAAAUUUCCCUCAAGAUAAACUUCAAAGUAAGAAAGUUCUUGACUUAGGCUGUGGAUCUGGAGUUUUAGGAAUCUAUGCCCAUAAUUGUGGAGCAUUGGUUCACUUUCAAGAUUAUAAUGAAGAUGUGUUAGAGAAAAUAACUAUUCCGAAUUUAUGUUUAAAUCUCCCUGACGAUGAAACUAUCGAUUCAGAAAAAAUCAAAUUUUAUUCAGGAGAUUGGUUGAAAUAUACCGAAUUGACAAAAGAUGACGAAAAGUUUGAUAUAAUUCUAACUUCUGAAACAAUUUAUAAUCCAGAUAAUCAACAAAAGCUGUUAGACACUUUAGAUGCUAAAUUAAGUGAAGAUGGAAUAAUUUUGCUAGCAGCAAAAACUUAUUACUUUGGUGUCGGAGGAGGCUUAAGGCAAUUUGAAGAAUUAAUAAAAACUGAUAAACGAUUUCAGUCAAAAAUUGUAUGGACUUCCACCGAUGGGCUUUCAAGAGAAAUUUUGGAAAUAAAGAGAAAUGUCCAAUAAAAAUAUAAAGAAGGCUUAUAAUUUAUACUCGA